AAAAGACCUCACCACCCCCAAUCUGCGAGUCCUGACUGCUUCGUAUGUUGUCAUCCUGAACUGGUCACUGGCAGUUUUUCGAGCCACCCCAAACGGUUCAUUUCAAACGUUGGAACUUGUUGAAGCUAGCCGUUGACCCUUCUGGCCAUGGCGAAUGUAGCUGUGACCUUUACAGUGGAAUGCUCCUGCACAGAACAUGGUGAAGAGGUUUAUGUCGUGGGAUCUCACAAGAAGCUGGGCGCAUGGGAUCCCCUUGAGGCUGUGCGGUGUACGACCACUGCUGAAAACUUUCCGCGGUGGACAUCGAGCCCUGUGUCUCUGACAAAUGGAAGCAGGAUCGAGUUCAAGACGGUGAUCCGUGGCCCCGGGGGCAAGAAAUGGGAGCACGGUCAGAACCGGCUCUUGCAGCUCUCAGUGCCUUCGCAUGAGGCUCGGACAAAUGUGGCAUUCACAUGGGGCCAGCCAGGAGUCAAUGAAGAGGACGAUCGGGUCAGUGAAAUGACGGGCGGCUUCCGGCGCGCGACCUCUGGUGGCUCCGAGAAGAGUGGCCCUUUGACUCGGAUGAUGGAAAGCGGAUCCUCGAUGAGUCGUCGUGGCAGUCGUCAUUUGUGCAAGACUCGGAAUGGCAUGGUGAACGAGGAGAUGACCAGGACUCCGAGCUUGCUGUUGGUGGAUUUCCGUGAGUUUCAAGAAGCUGCCGUGGAGCACGAGAAGGAGUUGGAUGACAUCGAAGAGCGUGCCAAAUUGAACAGGCUGCAGAGGAAGAUGAAAAGCACUCAGCUCAUCGAGCGCAUGGCGAAGAUCACCGACACCGUGGACCCCUCAAGGACUGUUCUCCUACAAGGCUUCAACUGGGAGAGCUGGAGAGCCGGUGGAGGAGAUUUCUACAAUGCAGUCGGGCGCAAGGUACAGCUGUUUCAUGAGAUGGGCUUCACAGAUCUCUGGCUUCCACCCUGCUCACAAUCGGUGGCUCCUCAGGGUUAUCUGCCGUCACAGCUCUUCAACUUGGAUGGCUCCAAGUAUGGCACCCAACAAGCCUUGGAAGACCUGUUGGAGAAGUGCCACAAGAACGGGAUCCGCUGUAUGGCUGACAUCGUGAUCAAUCACAGGUGUGGCGAUCGUCAAGAUGGUGAGGGGCGAUGGAAUCAAUUCUCGAGCGGGAUGCAAUCCAGGCCCAGCUUUGCCGGCGUGGCAGACUGGGGUGGCUGGGCCGUCACCUUGGGGGACCAAUACUCCGACGGAAGUGGAAUGCAUGGCCCUGGCCAUAGUGACGGUCGUUUCGAUGCUGCUCCAGAUAUCGACCAUCGACACCCCAAGGUGCAGGAAUGCAUCAGCAUUUGGUUGCGAUGGCUUCGUUUGCAGGUUGGCUUCGAUGGGUGGCGCUUUGACUUCGUCAAGGGGUAUGGCCCGGAGUUUGUCGGAAAGUACUGCGACAAGAGCCAUCCUGCCUGGGCGGUUGGUGAGCUCUGGACAGACAUGAACUAUGACCUCCACGGCCUUUGCUACAAUCAAGAUAAGCAUCGGCAGACCUUGGUCGACUGGGUGAACGCGACUGGCAAGAAAUCAACCGCCUUUGACUUUACCACGAAAGGAGUUCUUCAAGAAGCCUGCAGAUUGACCCAGUUCUGGAGGCUCCGGGACAAAGACGGCAAGCCUCCCGGGCUCAUCGGGUGGCUCCCGCAAUAUGCGGUCACUUUCAUCGACAACCACGACACCGGAAGCACUCAGCGCCAUUGGCCUUUCCCGGAUGACAAGGUCCUGAUUGGCUAUGCAUACAUCCUGACGCACCCAGGAAUCCCGUCCGUUUUUUGGGAUCACAUCAUGGAAUGGGGUGACGAGCCCCGCAAGAAGAUCGGCUCAUUGAUGAAGGCUCGGCGCGAUGCAGCCAUUCCGGUGGACGCGCCCGUGAACAUCCAAUGCGCCGACGACACCCUCUACCUGGCGGAGAUCGGCAAUCCCCCAAGCUUGCGGGUGGCCCUUGGCCCGCGCCCUGCUGGGCAGCCUGAUAUGAACUACUGGACCAAUGGGCCCUCCGGGCAUGGCUACCGGGUUUGGGUGAAACGAACGGGCUCUACGCAGAAGUACAGCUCGCUGAAUGCCUCGCCGGAGGCGACGCCUCUGGGCUCUCCACGCAGGAAGAAGGAAGGUGCGGUCGGUCUUGGUCCAGAGAUGUUGACAGCUGAGACUUUGAAGAUCAUGGAUGUGCCUCAGCUUCAGAAUCUCAAGGAACGUUUGCAGGCCUUGCUGAACGCCACGGACGCAGCAUUGGCACAUCGAAGGGCCAACGGGUAGCUUCGGCUGAGCAUCGGGCGAUGGCCAUGUUUUUUCGACGUGCUGAGCUUAUUUUGGUUUGGCACGUGAUGGCACCCAAAGAAGUUCGUUUGAGCUUAGCCCAGUUCGACGUGUUGUUUGGUUCGGCUGCCGGUUUGGAAUCUGAACGAAGCAGAAGAAUCCCAUCGGGGAUUUCACCUAAAAGGUGGCAGAGCAGGUUUCCAACUUAUUGCCAACCUGCUCUACCAAUCG